AUGUCGCAGUUCCUAGCCUCAGAUUACAGUGAGACAUACUACUCCACAAAAGGAGAGCAGAUCACCAAGCAUCCUCAGAUCAUGGAUCACUGUUUUUACCAAGGAUCCAUCAUACAUGAAUUUGAUUGUGCUGCCAGUAUCAGCACAUGUAACGGUCUGAGGGGGUUCUUCAGGGUGAGUGACCGAAGGUACCUCAUUGAACCAGUGAAAUAUUCAGAUGAAGGAGAACAUGUGGUGUUCAAAUAUAAACCCCAGAUGCAGCAACCUGCCAAUUAUUCCUGUACAGAACUCAGUUUUACCAGGACAGCUGUUCCAAAUGACAAUACUAAAUCCAUGGAAGACUCCAAAAUGGAAAGUAUGGAAAAGGAAAAGUAUAUUGAACUGUUCAUUGUUGCUGAUGAUAACAUGUAUCGCAAGAAUAAUCACCCUAACAAACUGAGGAAUCGAGUUUGGGGAAUGGUCAAUUUUGUCAACAUGAUUUAUAAAACCUUGGACAUUCAAGUGACAUUAGUUGGCCUUGAAAUAUGGACAAAUGGAGACAAAAUAGGUAUAGAUUCUAAACUAGAAACGACCUUAUUACGUUUUUCGGCUUGGCAAGAAAUAAUCCUUUAAAAGAGGAAGAAUUUUGAUCAUGUUAUGUUACUCAGUGGAAAGUGGCUCUAAGCACAUGCACAAGGAACUUCCUAUUCAGGGGGUAUAUGCCUGCCCUAUUAUUCCUCCAGUGUCGUUAAGGUGGGCUGAUCUUUGACCUGUGACCUAAAUGCCAUUGCAAGCAGAAUGGCACAUCAGUUGGGGCAUGACCUUGGGAUGCGGCAUGAUGAUUACCCAUGUACCUGUACUUUGGGAAAAUGCGUGAUGGAUAGUGAUGGAAGCAUUCCUGCGCUAAAAUUCAGUAAAUGCAGCAAAACCCAGUACCAGCAAUAUCUCAAGGAUUACAAGCCAACGUGCAUGUUCAAUAUUCCAUUUUCUGAUAAGUUAAGUGAUUAUCCAUAUUGUGGAAACAAGAGGUUGGACGACGGAGAAGAGUGUGAUUGUGGCCCUGUUCAGGAAUGCACUAAUCCUUGCUGUGAGGCACACAAAUGUAUGUUGAAGCCAGGAUUUAGUUGUGCAGAAGGAGAAUGCUGUGAAUCUUGUCAGUUGAAAAAAGCAGCGUCUAUAUGCAAACCAGCAAAAGAUGAGUGUGAUUUUCCUGAGAUGUGUACUGGCCACUCUUCUGGGUGUCCUAAGGACCAAUUCCAAAUAAAUGGAUUUCCUUGCAAGAAUGCAAAAGGCUACUGCUUCAUGGGGAAUUGUCCCACCCGGGAUGAUCAGUGCUCUGAAGUGUUUGAUAAAGAGGCAAAAGACAGUUCUGAUAUCUGCUACAAGAUGAAUAAAAUUGGAAAUAAAUUUGGAUACUGCAAACACAAGAAACACGUAUUAAUUCCUUGUGAAGAAAAAGGUAUCAAAUGUGGAAAGAUACUCUGCACAGGUGGGCAGCAUUCUUCUGUCCUUGGAGAAGAAAAGAUCUAUCACCUUAAGAAGCCUCUGAAGCAGAAUGCCACUGAAUGCAAAACUUUUUUUUUAUACCACGAUUCUAAGGAUUUGGGCCUGGUUGCUCCUGGAGCAAAAUGUGGAGAUGGACUGGUGUGCAGCAAUGGUGAAUGUGUGACUACUGCACAGGCCUACAAUUCAACCAACUGCUCCUCUCAGUGCAAUGAAAAUUCUGUGGAUGACGGUGAACUUGAGUGCCAGUGUGAGGCAGUACAGGCAUCUGCGGAAUGGGAGGAAACCUUAAAUGUUACCAAUAUCUCCAUCCUGGUGGUUGGGCUCAUCCUGGUUAUUAUUGGUGUUGUGGUUGUCAUAGUAUUAAUUCGUUACAAAAAAUGUAUUAAGUUGAAGCAAGUUCAAAGCCCACCGAGAGAAACCCUAGGAGUGGAGAAUAAAGGAUACUUUGGUGAUGAGCAGCAGACAAGGACUGAGUCCAUCUUACCUGAUAUUCACCCCCCUACAUCAAUUCCUGUCAUUAUGAACACACCGAACAGAAAUGUGUACAUGUGUAUAUCGGAAAACAUCAACAAUAAUGUUCCAACACCAUUAUUUGCAAAAAGUGAAAAUAAUACGAAUGUCCAAUAA